AUGUGUGGAAUAUCGGCUUUCGUGGGCAUCCAAGGGCCGAAUGGACUGCCCGUGAACAAGAGCGCCGUGGGCCUGGAAACGGAACUGAACAAGAGUUUGGAUAUUAUCAAACAUAGAGGCCCUGAUGCGCGGGGUGUGUGGAUGAGCCCUGACACCAGGGUUGGCCUCGGCCACGUCCGCCUCUCAAUCGUCGACCUCAGCCCCGAAGGAAACCAACCCUUCAUUGACGCCGAAGACGGCAUAACAGCCGUCGUAAACGGCGAACUCUACGGCCACGAAGCCUACCACGCUCAACUAGCAAACGAAUACAACUUCCAAGGCAAAAGCGACUGUGAGAUUGUCAUCGCGCUAUAUAAGCACUACGGACGGUCUUUUCUCUCGCACCUACGCGGCGAAUUCGCUUUUGUACUCUGGGACUCCAAGCGGGAGGUCUUCUUCGCAGCGCGGGAUCGCUACGGUAUCAAACCGCUCUAUUAUACUAUCCUCGAUGGCCGGUUGAUUGUCGCGACAGAGAUGAAGGCGUUUCUGGGGUUUGGGUGGAGGCCUGAGUGGUGUGUUGAGACACUUCGGGGGCAUGCGUGGAAGAGUGGGACCAAGACCUUUUUUAAGGGGGUUGAGAAGGUGCUUCCUGCGCAUUAUUUGGUUUGUCAGAAUUAUAAGGGGGAGGUUAAGCAGACUAUGUAUUGGGACAAUGAUUUCCCGGAUAAGAGGGUGCUUGAGAUACGGACUGAAGCUGAGAUGGUAGAAGGGGUUCGGGAGCGGCUGCUCGAGGCUGUCAGGGUGAGGCUUAGGGCUGAUGUCCCCGUUGGGGUCUACUUGAGCGGAGGGUUAGAUUCUUCCACCAUUGCGGGGAUUGUUGCUCAUCUGAUCAAGGAGGAAGGGGCCAAGCUGGGUAAUGAUGUCUCUGGUGAUUUGUCACGGCUGCGAUGCUUCACCGUACAGUUCGACAAGGACAGCGGCGCGGAUGAGUCUGAUGUCGCACAGCGCACAGCAGAGUGGCUGGGGGUAGAUUUACACCUAGUACAUAUGGAUGAACCCAACCUCGCAUCGCGUUUCGAAGAUGCAGUAUGGUAUAGUGAGAUACCCUUCCCGGAUCUGAACGGAAUUGGCAAGCUAGCCUUGUCGGAAAAAGUUAAAUCUCUGGGAAUGAAGGUUGUCCUCACAGGCGAAGGAGCGGAUGAACACUUUGUCGGGUAUCCCGACUUCCGUCCUGACCUCCUCCAAGAGCCCGACUACUCCUGGCCAGCGUCAGACUUCCCUCCCGAAAAGCGAGAGAAGGUAUGGCGGGAGGCACGCGAAAAUACUGGUGCCGUUAUCUUCGGUGACGGCAGCGAUAGUGUGCCAGCAUCCACAGCUCGGAUGGUGAAUAACACACAUACCAUGCGAGAGGUGGCGAAGUGCGGCUAUCUUCCCUUUCUCCCCUGGACGAACAUCUACCUGUCCACAGGGGACCCUGAGACUCGGCUUGCCGAGGACCUGGAUGGCCGGGCCCUACAAAUGAUAGCGAACAAAUGGCAUCCACUGCACACGUCGCAAUAUAUCUGGCUAAAGUCAUAUCUACCCAACUUCAUCCUUCGGUGGGUCGGCGAUAACAUGGACAUGGCACACCAUGUAGAGAGUCGUCCUGCGUUUCUAGACCACCACCUGAAUGAAUAUGUUAAUUUUCUACCGCCGAGCCUGAAGAUGAAGUACAACCCCGACAACAAUACAUUUAACGAGAAGUACAUUCUCCGGAAGGCUGCGCGGCCCUUUAUUACAGAUGAGAUCUAUGCCCGCCGCAAGGUACCGUACUGUGGCCCCACGCAGUAUAAAGAGGACGGACCUGUCCAUCAGGUCUUCCUGCGGCUGCUGACGAGGGAGAAUAUCGAGCGGUUGGGAUUCGUGGAUUGGGCGAAAACAGAGGAUUACCUUGAGCGGGCCUUCCGGAAAGGAGACCGCACAGCAUUCCGCAAUGCUGUCCUGAUUGCACAACCACCAGGAGUGACAAGAUAG